AUGCCCGGUGUUCAUACGAUCACCGCAAGUGAGGAAGAAGAGAACGGUAAGUUAGUAAUUUUAUCUGAUUUAUUGAUUGCAAAUAUAGGUUCUAUGCCUUAUUGCCCUACCGUAAAUGCAUCUAUAAGUAAUAUUAAAUUUCCAUACUUAGUUGAUUCAGGGGCAGGUUGCUCCCUCAUCAGGCAUCACGUAUUCCGCCAGUUACAAACGAAAGUUAGAUAUUGCAGUAAACCCAAAGUUUGCCUGAAAACGGCUAACGGCACCACCUUACAGCAUGUAGGCAUGGUAGAACUUGGGAUAGAGCUAGGUUGUGCUGUAUUUAAUCAUAGGUUUGUUGUUUGCUGUGACAUAGCAUGGGACUGUAUAUUAGGCGCAGAUUUCCUUCAUGCAUUUAAAUGUUCUCUCGACUUUAACGUUAACGCCCUCCGUGUCAGCGGUACUAAAGUGCCACUUACGUUUGAGAUGCCUCUCCGUCAACCAGAAGUUAACACAGUCAAGCUAGAAUGUAUAGAAAGCCUAAUCCCACCUACCUUGGAUAAGGAAUGUUCGACCAGUUUAUAUAAUAGCACUAAAAAUAAUCAAAUUUAAAAAAAGAUAGCAUCAUUGAUAAACAUAGAACAUAUAAUGAUAUUCUUCUAUUUUCCUCCCUUUCUCGUUUUCAUCAGCUAUGUCACCUGACACUAAAUAUCCCUUAUAAAGCUAAUAAAAAUAUAUCCUUCGAUAAAACCCUGCAUAUUAGUCGUGCGUAUGUCUAUAUUAAAGCCAUAUUAAACAUAUAUAGAACUAUAUUAGGUCAUAGUAAACAGUCGACCACUACUCCUAUAAUUUCACAUUAACAAGAACAAUAUGAUACAUGAUUCAAUAGUAUUUUGACAGUUUUGAUUGUGACUUACCAUUGAAUGCUUCUUACUCCUGAUAUAUAUUCAUCUUUUCCAGCUCUUAGUCCAGACAAUGAUGGUAAGCCUCCUGAAAAAUACGUAGGAACUGUGCGACCGCCCCCUUACAGCUGGCCAGAUAGACUGACAACCCGCAACUAGAGCAGACCGAAAUUUACCCAACAGGAAAAUAAUUUCAAGGUCAGGCCGAUAUCAAAGUUCUUCAAUUGCCAUGAAGGACAUAUUAUUCAUGCCCCCGAAAACUACCAAAUUGCAAACUUCAAUUUUUAUAUUGUACAUAACGUUAUUUUUUUAAAUUUUGUUAUUAUUUUCCCUUAGAACUGAGGUUUUUUUUAACUUAAAAUAAACUCUCAAUUCGCGCUCUUUUGGCUAACCAGACACCCGAAGCAAAUGAAGUCAAAGUGCAGUUGAAAUUGACGAGUUUGUUUUAGGUUUUUUUCCUGAGUUCAAAGGGGACUGACAGUGCCCAAGGGGCGCUACAAUAAACCUAUUCUAUUCAAUAAUUUGAUACACGAGUUGAAGGACAUUUUCGAUUGGGACGGCCGUUCACUCGGGCGAACCAAUGUUGCGCAACAUGAAAGUGAUACGGGUGCGGCCCGGCCAGUUAAAAUUCCGCCUAGACGAUUGCCGGUAUUCUACCAGACACAAUUAAAGGCAAUGAUAGAUGACAUGCUCGACCGAAGGAUUAUCAGGCCAUCUAAUUCUCCCUGGUCCUCUCCAGUCGUAUUAGUCAUGAAGAAGGACGGAUCCUUGAGAUUAUGUGUCGACUACCGUAAAUUAAACGAAUUGACAACUAAAGACUCCUUUCCAUUACCUCGUAUCGACGCAACCCUAGAUGCUCUCUCAGGUAAUCGUGUAUUUACUACUCUAGACCUGGCGGCCGGAUACAGGCAGGUAGAAGUAAGGCCAUCUGACCGUGAGAAAACAGCUUUUUCGGUGCCCACUGGUCUAUACGAGUUUGAAAUCAUGCCUUUCGGGUUAGCCAAUGCGCCCAGCACAUUCCAGCGGCUCAUGAACCAGGUCCUUGCCCAGUUUAUUCCAAAGGUUUGUUUGGUGUACUUAGACGACAUCAUCGUGCUCGGGAAGGAUUUCGAAGACCACCUACAAAACUUACAAUCAGUAUUCAUCAGCCUGCGGCAGGCAGGCCUUAUCCUCAAACCAGCAAAAUGCGUCUUCUUUCGAGAUAAAGUAAAGUUCUUAGGACAUGUGGUGUCUGAAUCGGGUAUCGAAACGGACGAAGAUAAGGUAAAGGAAGUUAGGGACUGGCCCACACCUAAUAACGUAGCAGGGGUCAGAAGUUUCUCUGGCUUGGCUUCGACCUACAGAAAGUUCAUUAAAGAUUAUGCCCACAUAGCCACGCCGUUGAAUAAACUCACGCAGAAGGGAGUCAGAUUUAAAUGGACCCCAGAAUGUGAAGCUAGCUUCCAAACCCUUAAGAAUAGCCUUUGUUCCAGUCCUGUCUUGACUUUUCCUGACAUUAGCGACCAAGCGGGCAUUUUCGUACUCGAUACAGAUGCCAGCGAGACUGCGAUUGGUGCGGUGCUGUCUCAGCGGCAGGCGGACGGCACUGAACGAGUAAUCCAGAUUUAAGUCGGUCACUCACCAAGGCAGAAAGAAGAUACUGCGAAACCAGGAAGGAGAUGCUUGCGCUCACCUUCUUCAUCGAAGAAUGUCGGCCAUUCUUGCAGUACCGCAAAUUUCUCGUCCGAACCGGUCACAGUUCCUUGGCAUGGCUACGCAAUUUUAAAAAUGCCGAGGGUCAGGUCGCGAGAUGGCAAGAGCGACUGGCCGGGUUUGAAUUCGACUGUAACCAUCGGCCAGGGCGCCAGCAUAACAACGCAGAAGCCCUCUCGAGGAAACCGUAUCGUCCCCACGGCGAAUGCCCGUCUUGCACAGACAUUAGCAUCGGCAACAUAGCACUUCCUGAUGGCCAGAGCAGCCUUUGGGCUCAGGCUCAGCGCGAUGAUCCUCAUAUAGGCCCCAUCUACUACAGAAAGCUAGGCGAAUCGCGGCCUUUGAGUGGACCCGAGCUUCGGGGUUUAAGUUACGAGACGCGCUGUCUGCACACGGUGUGGGAUAAGCUUUUUCUAGAUAAUGGGGUAUUGUUCUACCGCGACGGUGAUCAGUAUCCCCGGCGUAUCGUUCUACCGUUAUCCAUGACCGAUGAUGUCCUCACGCGAAUACACACUCAGCUAGGGCACGUAGGAAUCCAUAAGACCGAGUGGGCUGUAAGGAGGAGAUACUAUUGGCCCAACUUAAGACGAUAUGUGUGGGAUUUUAUUCGGUAUUGCAACUUGUGUAAUCAACUAAAGCCGCCACCUCACUUGAACAGAGCGCCCCUUCAACCAAUCUUGACAGGCUACCCCAACGAACUUGUCGGCGUUGACAUCAUUGGACCCAUAGCUCCAUCAGUCCGGGGAAACCGUUACAUUCUGGUCAUGGUGGACUUCUUUACGAAAAUGGCUGAGGUGGAACCAUUGCCCAAUAUGUCGGCGGAAACGGUCGCUCAGGCCAUUUUUAAUGGUUGGGUAUGUAGAUGGGGAGCCCCAGACCAAAUUCACUCAGAUCGAGGAAGUUCAUUUGAAAACGCUAUUCUUCACAGUCUUUGUAAGUACUUACGGAUCAACAAGACACGCACUACUGCUUACCACCCGCAGGGUAACGGACAAGUUGAGCGAACGAAUAGAACGCUAAUCGGAUUGUUAAAAGCCUUUGUUGAUCGUCAGGCACCCUUCACGUGGGACGAUGCCUUGCCCGCAUGCAUGCUCGCAUACCGUUCCACGAUUCACUCCUCGACCCAGCAGUCGCCGUUCGCUCUCACCUUUGGUCGGGAAAUGCGGAUACCGGAAGACCUCCAAGUACCACUGGAGAAUAACCAAGUACCAGUAAAUUCCUAUGUCACCAGGCUACAUAAUAAGUUGCGUAUUGCAGCCGAGGAAGCGCGAACACACUAACGUGGAUCCCAAAACCGACAGAAGGACCAUUAUGACAAACUUGCCCAUGGGUGCCCAUAUGUUGUUGGUGACAUCGUAUGGCUCAGAGAACAUACAGCCCCGCAAGGAAUACCGAGUAAAUUUGGGUUAGACUGGUCUGGUCCGUACACUGCAACCAAGGUGAUCUCUGACACGACCUGUGUGAUUCAGGACCGCGAGCGACCUUUCGCGGCGGAAAUUACCGUCCAUUUUAAUCGACUAAAGUUGGGAGAGAGACCGGAUGCAUUUGGUUCCGAAGAUCAAGGAAAUACCGUCUGUGAUGUCGAUCGUGACCAAGUUAGAAGGAUCGUUGAAAUUCCACCUGAGGGUGGGGACGAGUUAGAAGUACCCUUUAGCGACAGGCGGCACAAUGUUGAAGACCACAGGUCAAUGCUGCAUGACGUCAGUCAAAACGAGGGCACAGCAAUCGCUGAGGACAGCGACGUCUCUAUGGAGGAGAGAGUGAUGUAA